CGGCGGAUUUGAUGCCGGAAUCAGACGAUGAUCGAAAAGCUCGGGAAAUACUGGAGGAGAAAACUGUUCGCGUCGGCGAUAGGUUCAUGACUGGACUGCUGUUCAAGGAAGACAACCCAACGUUUCCGGACAGCCUACCGAUGGCGCUGCGGCGCAUGAACAGCCUGGAAAAGAAAAUGUCGAAAAACCCUAAGUUGAAAGCUGCAGUGAAACAACAAAUAAUCCAGUAUCUGGAAAAACGCUACUGUCAUAAAGCAACGAAGGAGGAACUGGCAUCUGUAAUCCCUGGCAAGGUUUGGUACUUGCCGUUAAACGUUGUUGUCAAUCCGAAAAAAGACAAGAUUCGCUUGGUAUUGGACGCGGCGGCCGAAGUGAAUGGUGUGUCGCUCAACUCCAAGCUCCUGAAAGGGCCGGACUACUUGGCCUCUCUACCAUCCGUGAUCGCCAAAUCUCGGGAGUUUCUCAUCGGAUUUGCAGGUGACAUCCGUGAGAUGUUUCACCAGCUCAAAGUUCGACCGGAGGACAGACAGGCGCAACUGUUUGUAUUUGGAAACGAAAUCUACGUGAUGGAUUGUGUCAUUUUUGGAGCCACCUGCUCUCCUAGUAUGGCAAUGUUCGUGAAAGACAAGAAUGCUCGGGACUACGCUGAACAGUUCCCAGAAGCUUAUGAUGCAAUCGUCCACAAGCACUAUGUGGACGAUUACUCCGACAGCACGAACACUGUCGAAAAGACUGUCCAGCGGGCAAGCGAGGUAAGAUUCGUUCACUCUAAAGGCGGUUUCGAAAUCAGAGGCUGGGUGUCAAAUUCUCUGGAAUUCCUGGAACGCAUGGGUGAAACGGAGAAGAAACAAGCAAUUCAUCUCGACUCGGCUAAUCCGGAACGCGUUUUGGGGAUAGUGUGGAACACAAAGGACGACGUCUUCGCAUUUACAACCAAGAUGCGCGACUCGUUAAUGCCAUACCUGUACGAUGGAAAGGUCCCUACGAAACGCGUAGUGCUUAGUUGCGUCAUGAGUCUCUUUGACCCGUUAGGACUAUUGGCGCCGUUCACAUUUUUUGCGAAAGUGCUGAUCCAGAUCCUCUGGAGAAAAGGCUGCGAAUGGGACCAAGUCAUCAACGGAGAAGCGCUGGAGGGUUGGAAACGGUGGACGAGCUAUUUGGGAGCUGUAGAAGCGGUAAAGAUACCGCGGUACUACUUCGGCGACGGUCUAGCUCUCGACUACUCAACGCUGCAGCUGCACAUUUUCGCAGAUGCAAGCGAGAAUGCAUACGGCUGCGUAGGCUACUUCCGCAUCUUAGCUGGGGAGGUCCCUCGAUGUGCGUUGGUGCAAGCAAAAUCAAAAGUCGCACCGAUCAAGCAAGUGUCGAUCCCGCGGCUGGAAUUGAUGGCGGCCGUACAAGGAGUUCGUCUUGCGGAAAACAUCAAAGACAAUCACAGUCUGAACAUAGAACAAGUGUUCUACUGGACAGACUCACGCACCGUUCACUCAUGGGUUGUUUCCGAUCAAAGAAAAUAUAAGGCUUUCGUUGCAUUUCGGAUUGGAGAGAUUAUCAGCCGGUCGCGGCCAUCAGAGUGGUGGUGGGUGCCCACUAAACUGAAUGUUGCGGACCAACUAACGAAAUGGAGCAAUGGUCCGCAGCUUGAUUCAAACAGUUCUUGGUUGCGGGGUCCGCAGUUUUUGUACAAAUCAGAAGCUGAGUGGCCAUUACAGCAAUUCAAAAAACCGAAUGUCGAAGAUGAGAUGCGAGCAACAUUCCUGCUACACGACGUCGAAGUACAAGGUCAGUUGGUGGACAUAUCCAGAUUUUCUAAGUGGAACGUGCUUAUCAGAACGCUGGCAUGUGUAAAUAGGUUCAUCAACAAUCUGCGAGCGAAGCGACAAGGGAAGGUGAUAGAAGUUGUUCCAGCACCGCCGAAAAUUGAAGCAUUAGUACUAAGGAAGCUAUCGGCUAUCGAGAAGCCGAUCGACCGCGAAGAACAUCAAGUAGCAGAAAGAGCGUUGUUGAAGUUGGCACAAGUGGAGGCAUAUCUGGACGAAGUGAGAACUUUGUUGAAGAGUCGUCAAGCAAAAUGUUCAACUGGAGUGAGUCUGGAAAAAAGCAGUCUUCUCUACAAGCUGUCACCGAUACUGGAUGAGUUUGAUGUAAUACGAAUGGAAGGACGGUUGGCCACGGCGGACUUCUUACCCUUCGAACUGCGUUACCCGAUAGUGUUGCCAAGGGGGCAUCAGAUCACACGUAAACUUCUGGACCAUUAUCAUCAAAAGUUCGGCCAUGCAGGACGGGAGACGGUCACCAACGAAGUGCGACAGAGGUUCUGCAUUCCGCAUCUUCGAGCCGAAAUAAAGAAGGUGAUGGACAGUUGCAUGUGGUGCAAAAUUAAGAAAUGCAAACCUGACACACCGAGAAUGGCACCGUUACUAACACAGCGUAUAACGCCCAAUCGUCGUCCGUUCAGCUUUAGUGGAGUCGACUUCUUCGGUCCCCUGGAGGUAACCGUCGGUCGACAUGUGGAGAAACGAUUGGUGGCGUUGUUCACAUGUCUCGUUACCAGAGCAAUCCACCUAAAAGUGGCCCAUAGUUUGUCAAGCCAGUCCUGCUUGAUGGCAAUAAGACGGUUUGCAUGUCGACGGGGAAUGCCAGCGGAGUUCUUCUCAGACAACGCGACCAAUUUCGUAGCAGCGAGUCAAGAGGUGAUGAGGAACAUCGUGAUGAGCUGUAGUGAAGCGUUCACGGACGCAAGAACUAAAUGGAAUUUCAUUCCACCAGCGGCCCCCCAUAUGGGCGGGGCCUGGGAGAGAAUGGUUCGAUCUGCGAAGGGGGCUUUAGCGGCAUUGGACGACGGAAGAAAACUUACCGACGAAGUAUUGCUAACGGUUCUGGCUGAGGCGGAAGAUGCGAUCAACUCAAGACCGCUAACAUAUAUGCCGCAGGCGCCGGAUACGGUGGAGGCUUUGUCACCGAAUCAUUUUCUGCGAGGUUAUCCAUCAGGAGGAACAGAGUCGUACGUUAUCCCCGCAAACAAAGCAGAAGCAUUACGGGAUGGUUACAAGCGGUCCCAGUGGUUGGCGGACAAGCUAUGGCAGAGAUGGUUGCUGGAGUAUUUGCCGCUCGUCAACAAGCGUACGAAGUGGUACACAGAUCAUGAACCGAUCAAAGUCGGCAUUGUGGUCUAUCUGGCGGACAACGAAAAUAGGAAGACGUGGGUCCGGGGAAUCGUCGAGCAAGUCAUAAAAGGCAUCGACGGGCGCGUCAGACAGGCGAUUGUACGAACAACCAACGGAGUCUUCAAACGUCCAGUGGCUAAGAUAGCGGUGCCUGAAAUUGAAAGCUGUAAGUCUGGCUCCAAUCCGGAAUCUACACCAGAAUUACGGGGCGGGGCUGUUGCGGCACCACUGGGCGCACUGCCGGACGCCCUAAGCGCUCCCCAGCUGUGAUCGAGAGAAUCAUCCCGACGAAUUGGGGCGCUUCGAGCGCUCCCCGGCAGCAAUCGACAGAACCAGCACGGUGAGCUGUCAUCGACAGAUAGACAGAUACGCGAGAUGUAAUUAAGGCAAAUCAUUUGGACAAAGUGCUAUGAACAGUUUAGUGGCCACGCGGCAAUUUAUCAAAAAGUUCUUUUAUUAGUUAAAAAUCCGGAAAUUUAUUGUAAAAUCGAUUCAAAGCUAAUGCGAGGUUUAGCCGGUCAAUUGUUUGAAAAGAGCAAGUUGUGUAUGAGAAGAAGUUCGAAAAAAAAACCAUAAAAACGUGAACUACUCAUGUGAGUAAUUAGAAUUUAAUAUUUUUGCUCAAAAUGCCACUAAGGUUUAAAUAAAAUUAAUAGUUUUUAGCUGCUUCUAAACGAUACUUGAGCUGCUUAAAUAAUUGGUUCCGUAAAACGUCCGAACAAAAACUUCAAAUGAAUCAAUUUUUGGGAUAAUACUUCUACAACUCCACUGUAAAAUAGAGAUAGAAUCCUUCAUCUCAGUCGAUGAAUUAGCCACCGAAGGAUACGAUCGCUGCAAGGAGGGGCCAUUUAGCAGUCAACUGCCUCAAAUACGUUUUAACUGUUGGUAGAAAUGCCAGCAGAAGACUUUUAAGAGGAUCAGUUAUGUUGAAAUUUUCAAAAAUCCAGUCCACAAUAUCUGAAAACUUCAGCAGUCCAGAUUCUGGCUGAAUCUUGGACGAAAAAGAAGGAACAGUUGGGUUUUUUGAUGUUCCUGGAAGUGCCGGAAACUCGUUACUUGAAUUCAGUUUUGCCAAUCCCGGAGGAGUUUGCUUCGGAUUUUCUACAGCACUUUUUUGUUUCUUAGUAUCAGUCACUUCAGAUGGAGACCUUCUCCGUCCUUUCCUAGGAAGCCUAGGAGAAGAAAGGUUUUUCCUCUUCCUAGAUUUCCCAGGUUCAACAAAAGAAGAUUCCCCAACUGAAUCGUCAGAAUCAGACUCAUCGGAUUGCAAGACCUCGAAGAGAUUCGGGGAAACCAGUCUGAUGGCAGCGGCCUCUUUGAGCAUUUCUGCGAAAGUGCGCUUAGAGCGCUCUUUCAGAGACCACUUGAUCUUGUCUUGGCGCUGUUUGUACGCGGGACAUGCAGACAGCUCAUGCGGAGUCUGCCCACAAUAAAGGCACUUUUCAGCACCCUUAUUACAGGCGUCAUCCGCAUGUUGCUCUCCGCACUUGCCACAACGUGCUUUAUUGCCACAGUGGGAGGCCGUAUGGCCCAACUGUUUGCACUUGAGGCAAUUCAUUACCCGCGGUACAAACAAGCGCACGGGCAGACGCACCUUGUCCACGAGCACAUAGCUCGGCAGAGCAGAUCCGGCGAAAGUCACGCGAAAAGAGUCUGAAGGGGUGUAAGUUUUUACACCCUUGUCGAGCGAUACUGAAUGUAAUUGCUUACAUUCAAGUAUCCUGGCAGGUUCAAGGCUAGAAUCCUUGAAAAGGCCUUUUCCAGCUUUCAACAGGUCCUCGACAGUCAGACUUGAUUCGCUGACCACACCGUCAAUCUCAACUACGCGAGCUGGAAUGUACACGUGGUACUCCCGCGUGAAGAGCUCACAAGCAGCAAUCUCGUUUGCUUGCUUGAGGUCGGACACCAAAACACGCAGCUUAUUCGGGCGCACUUUGGUAAUUUCAGUCACGGCUGUAAACCGUGCCAGAUCUUAACAUAUUUGCAUUGUGUUUAAUGCUUUCACUUUCGGCCGGAAAAAUACAGCCCCAAAGCUUUGCCCUCCGGAUACUGCUUAAGCCGAUGUGUAGCUUCCUGCGGGGUUCCAUUCUUAACCCUUGGAACUUUGUAUCCGGGAGGGCUAGGCGGUAGAACGAGCGGGUUUUCAUCCCCGCGUUCGUCGUCCAUGUUGGACGCGUAAGCCACACACGCAAAAUGCCAAUCAACAAAUAAUAUUGUAGAAAAAAACCAAGAAAAAAAAACUACUUAUCUUCUGCAGCCGCUCUCCACCGCAAUCAGCGCACGGGCGAUGCCAAUCUCCAGUCCUUCACUCAAGAGUCCGGUAGCAAAAGCUGCAGCCGCUCCAGCCACACAGCAGCACCAGUACAGCCAAACAGCAGUACGCCGGGUACUGGAUCUCUCGCAGUAGCGACACAACGUACAGUCUGUGGCGUACGGUACCAAUAGGCGAUGAUGCGUUCCUUUGUCUUCAAUAGACGACUGGUACUGGUACCGAAGAAAUCUAAUGACAGUGAGAAAAAAUGGCGUUUGGUUGUCGAUUUCAGACAACUCAACAAAAAGGUUCUAGCCGAUAAAUUCCCGUUACCGAGAAUUGAUGACAUUUUAGAUCAACUCGGUAGAGCAAAGUAUUUUUCAACUCUAGAUCUCAUGUCAGGUUUUCAUCUAAUACCGCUAGACAACGAAUCUAGAAAAUUUACCGCCUUUUCAACAAAAAAUGGUCAUUACCAAUUUACUAGAUUACCUUUCGGACUGAAUAUUAGCCCGAAUAGUUUUCCCCUGGGCUUGGUGGUUGAGCUCCUAUCUCGGGUUCUUAUAGCUUUACGGAAUCCUAAGAUGGAGCCACAAAACUAUUGUAUGAGAGUUUUGACAGCCCAAGGGCGCGUGCUCCCGGGUGGCGGAUGGAAGCUAAGGGAGAUGAUGAGAGUCAGAUACCUAUGUUGUAGUCUUUCCUACUCUGAUCUCGGCAAUCUCCUAUGUGAGAAAGUUUCUUAACAAUAUCAAUUAACACUAAAGGAUUUUUCUCACACGUGGACCACACCACUUAGUGCAAGCUCUUUUCUUGUCUAUAUCCAUGAAUGCAUUACAGUCCCACAUGAUACUUCGUUAAUUAUUAGUUAAAAUGAAUUAAUGCUUUUACUUUUUUCUGGCAGUGUGACUCUUAUGCAUUUAUGGAUGGACUGUAGUUAAACGUGAACUCAAAUUCUUCACUUUUUACUGUUAGUUUCAUGUGCAAAGUUGUAUUGUUGUAUGUAGUAUUAUUUAGUAAACGUGUACGUGGUUUCUUUAUAGACUACAUCGCUCAUAUAUACAUUCUUUUUCUUUUCUCUUUCCCUUUUUGUUUUUUUUUUUCAUUUAACCUUUACGAUUUCAUUCCGAGUUUCAUAAUCGCAUCCCAUGACUCACAAACGCUUACGUGUAGUGGGAAAAGAUAAGAUCGGUCAAUUUCUAAUGUCCCAUUUCUUCUUUUUCUUUUAUUUUCUUUCCUUUUUCGGCUCCCGGGGAAACACGAGCUAAAUGGCUAAAAGGUAACAUAGAGGAAGACACACGAAAUAGAACUAUCAAAGACCGCAGAAAAGGGUACAACGCAAAUCAACACACCAACGGAUCUGGACAAAGCACAUCAAGGAUUACAUUCAAAGAACAGUAUCAACGUCAGUAAUAAAACAGAGAGGUAAAAGAAGUCAAAAACGGUAAGCGGAAGUUAAAACAAAGCAGGUCCAUGACAACAAAUCCCACCCAGGCUCACCAGUCCUUUCUCGACGUUCGCCAACACCUAGUCCUCGACGUUUGGAGAUAAAAAAGAAUCAUAUUACUCGGGAGCUGUUUCAUAAACU